AUCAUUUUUACUGGCAUAAUUACAUAUACAAAAUUCAAUAAAAGACCAUUUUACUGUCUAUGUUUAUUUUCUGGCCAUUGCUAUUAAUUCUAUCUCACACUUAAAAAAUUUAUCACCUAGACAAGGGGGACAUAAAGAACGAUCUUCUUUGAGUGCCAAAUAUGUCCACAAUGUCGCUUUGCUCCCUGGGAUCCUAUGACUCUGUUCACUGUGCACACUGCCCUAGGCAGUCUGGCUUCCUUCCUGGCCACCAACUUCGGGGUUUUGACACGCGAUAUUCCUUUUACUCAGAACCCUCUUUGCCCAGGUAGCCACAUGCCCUUAGCGCCUCACGUCUUUGUAGUGUCUUCCCUGACCACCUUGUUAUUAUUAAUAUUUUUACUAAGUAUUUGUAUCUUUAUUCAAUUAAAUUAAAACAGACCUGCCAGGUAUAUUAUAUAACAUUCACUAUAUACAUAUGACUUAGGCAAUGCAAGAUAAUUCUAGAUAUGUUGAUUACUCAAGUAUGAGUAAAACAUGAACAGUGUCAGGGAUGCCCGUCGAAUGCUCCUUUCCACAUUGGGUGCCUGCGUUUCCAUGAUAUGGUUAGAGGGAUAGCUACGAGCCACGACAUGGAUUCCCAGUAAACUUUUGUGGGAGAAGGAGGGAAAAUGACAAUCUAGCAUAGAUGAACAGCCUCCUAAAUGCAAAUAGAAUACUUGACAAUUAGUUUUUAAAAAAGUUCUUCCAUCAUGUUAAUGACACAAAAAUUCUCUUUUUGGAAGACACCACCACCACCUUUUGUUUGGGUCUGUGGGGACAGGUGGGGGAAUGCUUUUAAAAUCGGUAUAAUUAUCCCUAAAACAGCAACGGGCUGGGUGAGGUGGCUCACGCCUGUAAUCCCAGCACUUUGGGAGGCUGAGGUGGGCAGAUCAUAUGAGGUCAGGAGUUUGAAACCAGCCUGGCCAACAUGGUGAAACCCCAUCUCUACUAAAAGUACAAAAAUUAGCUGGGUGUGCUGGCGGGUGCCUAUAAUCUCAGCUACUCGGGAGGCUAAAGCAGGAGAAUCGCUUGAGCCCGGAAAGUGGAGGUUGCAGUGAGCAGAGAUUGCGCCAUUGCACUCCAGCCUGGGGGACAGGGCAAGACUCUGUCUCAAACGAACAAACAAAAACCAAAAAAGUAUGUCUUUGGUGAAGCCUCAGUACCCAUUCAGUUCACUGUAAUAAUCUGUAAUAAAACAGGACUGUAGCACAGUGCUGGGCCUUGAUUUCAACAAGCGGACCACCUUACUUAACAUGCAACUCCACAUGCCUUUCCACUCCCCACUCACCUCACUUCUGACCCCCACCAGCAUUGCCUCUUCACAUUCUUAACCUGAUUUCUCUCCAUGGCAAUAUCACUAUCCGUCAGACUGUGGGUUUUACUUAUUUACUUGCUUUGUCAGUCAGUUCCUGCUCCCUGAAAACUCAACAUUAUCUGCUUUGAUCACUGCUGUCCUCUCAACACCUUGAACAAUGUCUAACAGGAAGUAAGUCCUCAAUACAUAUUUGUUCAAGAAAUUAAUGAAGAAGCAUAAAAUGAAGAGACCUUUGAACCAUCUAAAGCGUAAGGCAAAUUUGACGUAAGUAAAAUGUUCUGCACAUGUGCAUAUGUGCAUUAUUCUUGGGGAGGGGGGAAACCUACACAUUUCCUCAGAUUCUCAAAGUUCUCUGUUACCCCAAGCAGGUAAAUAAGCUGCUAGGCUAGACACACUUGUUAGUCCUUUGAGCAGCUAGACUCCAUGCCUCUCUCUCUCUUCUCGCCUUUUCUCUGGCCACCCUCUCUGGCCCAUUCCAUUAUUCCUCCUAUAGUGGAAUUGUGUUCUUUUAUUCUUUGUUUACUGGCCUAUCAACUCAUUGACAGCAGGAUUGUCAUCUGAUUCAUUUCUGCCCACCCCCGCUUCAGUCUUAACACUUGUCUGAUAAGCUUAGAAGCUGUUUGUUAAAUGAAUUAACAGGACAAGUAGAGGUUAAGGAAUAAUACAGGAAGGCUCCAUUUACAGUUUGGGAUUUUUGUGUGUGUAUACCCAGAUAAGAUAUAAUUUUAUUUCUACUCAUCUAAGGCUUGCUACACAUCAUCAAAUUCUCAAUUUGCUGAUCUCCAAAAUAAAAAUCUGAGGUAGGGAGUGGGAAAGGUCACAAUCAUACUUUCACCUUGAACAGCCCACAUUUGUGUUUCUAAAAGGAGCUCCUUCUAUUUUGUUCUAAUCUGUAGAGAAUGUGUGAGUUAUUUUGAUUCAGUGGUGGUUAGGGGUGAAAGAAGCAAGGGUUGGUUGGCUCUGCUUAUGAACAGACUGAGUGCAAUUAAAGAGAGGGCAUGUGAUUCCAUAUUUCAGAUAGAGGGUAAGUCGUGUAUCAAAAUUCAAGUAUUUUCUUAACCUUUGUGGUUCUUGCAAGGAGCUUAUGGCAUUGUCACUCAGUUAGGUAUCACAGGCCACUCCAUACCCUGUUACCAGAUGUAGAACCUUUCAGAUUUCCACGGAUGCUCUUUAUUUCUGCAGUAAUGCAGGCCUUCAUCACUUCUGCCAUGUGUGGCAGUCACCUCUGCUUGGUUUUGUUCUCUCACCAGACUCACCAGAGUCCCUUGAGAUCUAGGCUGAUCUAUCUCUUUACCCAUCUCUAGGAUGAUCACUGGGGCUGUGUGACUAGGUAACCCCAAACCCACUUUCUAUUCUGCCUGCCACACUGGUGGAGCACAUUCCUAGUCAACUUUGCAAGUAGAUGUGGUCACCUAACUGAGUUCUAAUCAAUCUUCUAGUGUAAGUUCAGAGUAACUCUUCCAGGAUGAGUCCAUGGAAACUUUUAUUUACUAUCCUCCAUGAAGUCCCCCUUUAUAUAAUCAAGGCAGCCUUGGAAGCCACGUGUUGAAGAUAGUGGAGCCACAGAUGGAAGGAGCCUGGAUCUCCAAGAUAGAAUGUUCCAGUAGGACUCCAAUUGGUGGGUGGAGGAAAAUAUCAAGAGAGCUUGAAAAUCUAGAGAAGACAUCCAAAUCUGGAUAAGUUUCCCCCUUACUUCAUGGGAAAAUAGGGAAUGAGAAUCUUGUCUCUGCCAAAUAGGAGGGUGAGGUAUGGUUCUAACCAACCUCAUCACGUCCAUUGUGUCUUCGUUGAACAAGCCUCAUGGACUAGAAGUGGUGACACACCCUCUCUCCCUAAUCCAUGUCAUCCCCAUGUCCCUCACCUCUCUAGCAUUCAGAGCAGAGUUCUAGAGAAAAUACAGCAGCAGAGCAGGUAGCCUUUCUUGGUGGAAAUACGCUGGACUGUGAGGCAGGGAACCGGGCUUGAGCCUUGGAUCUGCCGUUAUCUCACUGUGCCUCCUUAAGCAAACUUUUGCCCAUCUCUGUUUCUUUUUGUUUUCUGGAAAUCGUGUUCCAGGUCAGGGAUUGUGGAAGAAGAUGAAACACUCUCUCAGUCAUUUACUUCCUCUGGCUUCACUCUGAUAGGAAAGCUGUUCAGCGGUCUAUGACUUGGCUUCUUGAGGGAUGAGCAGUUCUUCAGGCCCCUGUGUGAAGUGGACAUUUUACUCUUUGUUCCUUUCUGAGUCUCUUCCCUCCCUUCUUGUCUCUGAAGGCCCCUGCUCUUAUGCUGUAUGGUGCUGACAACUUCCUUCUUAUUAGGACAGAGUUUGCCUUUGUGGUUCAUCAGGAUGCACUGUUUUGCUUCUAGUCAUAGGCAACAGGGAAUCUGACCUCUUCAAAUGGAAAAGAUCUAAAGAAUUCCAGUUUAAGUUAUGACCUCCUGAACUCUAUGGCUAGAAAUACUAGUGUGAUCCGGAAGAGGCCACUGCCACCAUUCCUGAGGCUGCUUCUCCCAGAAGAGAUGCCCUCAACCCUCCAGCACGUGUAUAAACACAAAAGGUGACUCUUCCACCCAUGUGCCUACAAGGGACUGGCUAAGCCAUUGAGGCAUGACUGGAUCUUCACGUUGCUUAUGGGGGUCUGGCAUUAGGUCCUAUAAGCUAUAAUGUCUGUUGCAGACCUUCCAGGAGGCAGGGUUUAAUGCCAUGUGAUUACUUUCUUCACAGAGCUUGUCCUCUGGUGGCUAAAGCAAGUGCUCAGUACUUAAAGACCCUCAAGAUUAUCUAAUGCAAACUUUGCCCUGAUGAAUCCAUCAUAUGGUGAAUGGGCCUAAUGUCAGCAUUCACAUCUCUGGGACCUGGAAGCUCAGUGCCUCCAAGAUAUUUAUGAGCAUUGGGAUUAUUCAAAGACUUUAAUUUGAAGUGGGUAUUUUGUGCUUGUACAGGGCAAAGAGUGCUUGUUCCUCAGUGGGAAGGAGCUGAGGCCUUGGGUCUUGGUUAGUGGAGAGACAAGAGUCCAGCUCGCCAUGGUUGACAAGCUCUUCUUGACAGAGCACACCUUUGUUUGCAUCUCCAUCAUAAUUAUUACUCAUCACUUCCCAUCUUUCUAGUCUCAAGUCUUACUUUUAUUUCCCUUAAUGCUCUGAAUAGGUGCUCCUUUCCCACCUCUCUUGACCCUUUCCACACAUUUUGCUCCCAGCCUAGACUGUGCUCACCAGAUGCCACUAUCCCCCAUUCUUUCUAUCUGUUAACUUCUGCUUAUCUUUGAGAUGUCAGAAUAAAUGUCACUUCCUUUGGGAACCUGUUUGUAUUCCAUUAAAUCUGAGUUUAGUAUAUUUCCCAAUUAAGAGGCUGCUUAGUUAUCUGUCAUUCCCAAGUAACUGUAAACUCUCUCAGGAUAGGGGCUCUUUCCUUUACACCAUUGUAUUCGAGGGCCUAGCAUAAUGUCUGGAACAUCCGUUUUCCAGUACAUAAUUGUUGAGUAAAAAUGGAAUGGAGUCAAGACCAGUGCUAUGUAUAUCUUUGGGCUAUAUGUAACAGAAAACCCAAGCAAGGGUGGCUUUAUGAGAAUGUUUAAUUGUGUAUUUAAUGUGGUGUUUAGGGGUAGGUAGGUCCAUGAAUCAGUGGUGUUAUAAGCAUACAACUUCUUUUGUCCUUUUCUCACCAUAAUUUUCAUGGUGAUUUUCAUCCUCCUCACCACCUAAACAUGGCUACCAUGCUCCAAGCAUUGCAUUCUCAUGGAUCACUUUCAAAGAAAGGCAGAAAGGAGAAGACAGAAAAAAACGUUCUUCUUUCUGUUUCAUUAAUAAGAUAACCUUUCCCACAAGACCAUGUCUUUCUAUUAUAUUUCAUUGUUUAGAACUGUGCCACACGCCCACCUAUAGACAAAUCAUUGACUCAUCCUUGGUGCUUUUAGCUGAAGUCAUGCUGCACAAAGUUGGGGUUCUUUCAGCAAGAAAUACAAGUAAAUAGCUGAUGGGCAAGAAGUGAAUGAUAGCCACCACUCAUGUCUUUAAUGAAGUUUUACUAAAAUCCAGAACUCCUUUCUUCAAAUAUGCAUUUUACCUUAGACUGGUACUACUUACAAGGCAACAUUCACACCAACACAUUAUACUUCAGUAUGGGUACCUCGGGAGCCUCUGGCAUGAAGAGCUGUAGUUGUCUUUCUGUUUAUUCUCAUCAGCCACUUUCUCCUGGGCAGAGAGCGUGUUGACCUCUCCUGAACACCAGGUUGGACACUUAUGCCUGCUCAAGGCAAUCAAUGACUAUUUCAGUCAGCAGAAACAGCCAAGUAUCAUCCCUAAUAGUUUUCAUUCCCAGCAAAUUUUCUUCCAUAGUCAAAGUGCAAGGAUACAAUAAGAGCCAAUAAAAUGACAAGAGUUUUCAUCACAAACAAAUUAACUGACUCUGGAAUGGAUCACAGUAUACUUAUUUUCUAAUCAAAAUAUCAAAUUCAGUGGUGUUGAAAUUUGGGCUAUAUCCUUAAUCCUCAGUGUUUCUAGCAUCUCUUCCCUCCACAUACUUUAUUCAUUUGAAAACUUUUGUAAACUCUAAAGAGAAAAUGAAAAGAAUCAAGUUAUUAAUAUCGUUUACUUUUUAAAGCCUCUUUCUUCUUGGUUAGUGUAAUGAUUGUGGUGAUGAUUACUUCUCUCUUAGUGAGUGUGGUGGGUGCUAUUGUUGGCCUUUUAUGAAUAUCAUCUUAAAUCUUUAUAUAACCGUAUAGUUAUUAUUGACAUUUUACGUACUAGAAACCGAAAUUCCAGAUUUUAAGUGAUUUGUCCAGGGUUAUCAGUGAAGCAGGGAUUAGAACUCAGAUUUUUCUAAUUCCAAAAUGAUUCCUACAUUCUCUAUCAUGAGCCUACAUCCCUUCCUUCAAUUCUCAUUGUCACCCCCAAUAUAUUCAUUACUUUUUCAGUCUGCAGGGUUUUUAUACAUCUCCCACUGGCUAAUCCUUUUAUCUUAGGUUUUUAGCAAAGUGACUAUUCUCAUUCCUUGGCUGAGACAUUUAUAGAUCGCAUACAAAAUUAUUUCUCUUUCUAGUUCGCCAACUUCUUCCCCCUUCAUUCCUCAGGUCUUGAGGCACUCAUAUCAAGCUCAAUAAACAAACACUAGGAAAAAAAAACCCACAACAACCAGAUUAACAGACCAAUCCUGUUCCUGGGAAGAUUUUCUCCCUUUCCUUUGUUAGUCUAAUAGGCAAGGUGUGUACUAAGAGAUUUUAAAAGUGCCUGAGAAGAGCAAUCACAAGUCGUGACGAUUCCAAGUUCACAGAAGCCCAAGGGAUUUUGACAUUUCUCCAAGGAGUUAGCCAGAAGAGAUCCUCGCUGGUUGAGUUAAGAUGGAGGAGAACAGUAAGAAGGACCAUCGGGCUUUGCUCAACCAGGGAGAGGAGGAUGAACUGGAGGUGUUUGGUUACCGGGACCACAAUGUACGGAAAGCCCUCUGCCUUGUUGCAUCCGUGCUGACCUGUGGGGGCCUUCUGCUGGUGUUCUACUGGAUACCCCAGUGGAGAGUGUGGGCCAACUGCAUCCCAUGCCCCUUGCAAGAAGCAGACACUGUUUUGCUGAGGACAACAGACGAAUUUCAAAGAUAUACGAGGAAGAAGGUAUUCUGCCUCUACUUAUCCACACUGAAGUUUCUUGUAAGCAAGAAGUGGGAAGAAUCCCUGGUGGCUGACUGCCACUCUGUCAUAAACCAAGCCUUAAUAAAGCCAGAAUUAAAACUGCGAUGCAUCGAAGUGCAGAAAAUCAGGUAUGUUUGGAACAACCUGGAGAAGCGGUUUCAGAAAGUUGGGUUGCUAGAAGACAGCAAUUCCUGCUCUGACAUCCAUCAGACAUUUGGAUUGGGUCUGACCAGUGAAGAGCAAGAGGUCAGAAGAUUAGUGUGUGGCCCCAACGCCAUUGAGGUUGAAAUCCAACCCAUAUGGAAGCUGCUUGUUAAACAGGUUUUAAAUCCAUUCUACGUGUUCCAAGCCUUCACCCUAACUUUGUGGCUGUCUCAAGGUUACACAGAAUACUCUGUGGCCAUCAUCAUUUUGACUGUUAUCUCCAUUGUCUCAAGUGUGUAUGAUUUGCGACAGCAAUCAGUUAAGCUGCAUAACCUCGUGGAGGACCACAACAAAGUCCAGGUUACAAUCAUUGUAAAAGACAAAGGUUUGGAGGAGCUGGAAUCCCGUCUCUUGGUUCCUGGAGACAUUCUUAUUCUUCCAGGAAAAUUUUCAUUGCCAUGUGAUGCUGUUUUGAUUGAUGGAAGCUGCGUGGUGAAUGAAGGCAUGCUUACAGGAGAAAGUAUACCUGUUACAAAGACACCAUUGCCCCAGAUGGAGAACACCACGCCUUGGAAAUGUCACAGCUUGGAGGAUUAUCGGAAACACGUCCUCUUCUGUGGGACAGAAGUUAUCCAGGUCAAGCCCUCUGGGCAGGGGCCUGUAAGAGCAGUCGUUUUGCAAACAGGUUACAAUACAGCCAAAGGGGACUUAGUGAGAUCCAUCCUGUACCCCCGGCCUCUGAACUUCAAACUAUACAGCGAUGCCUUCAAGUUCAUGGUGUUCCUGGCCUGCCUUGGUGUCAUGGGUUUUUUCUAUGCCCUAGGGGUAUAUAUGUACCAUGGAGUCCCUGCAAAAGAUACUGUGACCAUGGCCCUGAUCCUCCUCACCGUGACUGUCCCUCCAGUGCUGCCGGCUGCCCUGACCAUAGGCAACGUGUAUGCUCAGAAGAGACUGAAGAAAAAGAAAAUCUUCUGUAUCUCCCCACAGAGAAUCAACAUGUGUGGGCAAAUAAACCUCGUGUGCUUUGACAAAACUGGCACUCUCACAGAAGAUGGGCUGGACCUCUGGGGGACUGUCCCUACUGCUGACAACUGCUUCCAGGAAGCCCACAGCUUUGCCUCGGGCCAGGCUGUGCCAUGGGGCCCACUGUGUGCGGCCAUGGCCAGCUGCCACUCUCUGAUCCUUCUCGAUGGGACCAUCCAGGGAGACCCUCUGGACCUCAAAAUGUUUGAGGGCACUGCCUGGAAAAUGGAAGAUUGCAAUGUAGACUCCUGCAAAUUUGGGAUGUCAGUUUCAAACAUCAUAAAACCAGGACCAAAAGCCAGUAAGAGUCCAGUGGAAGCCAUCAUCGCCUUGCGCCAGUUUCCAUUUUCCUCGAGCCUGCAGAGGAUGUCCGUGAUCGCUCAGCUAGCUGGGGAGAAUCAUUUCCAUGUCUACACGAAGGGUGCCCCAGAAAUGGUGGCCAGGUUCUGCAGAUCUGAAACAGUGCCCAAGAAUUUCCCACAGGAACUGAAGAGUUACACAGUGCAAGGAUUCCGUGUCAUUGCUCUUGCCCACAAAACCUUAAAGAUGGGGAAUCUUUCAGAAGUGGACCACUUAGCCAGAGAAAAAGUGGAGUCAGAGUUAACAUUUCUGGGACUUCUCAUCAUGGAGAAUCGCUUGAAAAAAGAAACCAAACUGGCCUUGAAGGAACUGAGUGAGGCCCGUAUCAGGACUGUGAUGAUUACAGGUGAUAACCUUCAAACGGCCAUUACUGUUGCAAAGAAUUCUGAAAUGAUCCCUCCAGGAAGCCAAGUGAUCAUUGUUGAAGCCAAUGAACCAGAAGAAUUUGUUCCUGCCUCUGUGACCUGGCAGCUGGUGGAGAACCAAGAGACUGGACCUGGGAAGAAAGAAACCUACAUGCACACUGGAAGCAGUUCAACCUCUCAUGGGGAAAGAGGAAGCUGUUACCAUUUUGCAAUGAGUGGGAAAUCAUACCAAGUGAUAUUUCAGCAUUUCACCAGCUUGCUUCCAAAAAUUCUGGUGAAUGGAACAGUUUUUGCGAGAAUGUCUCCUGGGCAGAAAUCAAGCCUUAUUGAAGAAUUUCAGAAAUUAAAUUACUAUGUGGGCAUGUGUGGAGAUGGAGCUAAUGAUUGUGGGGCUUUGAAAGUGGCUCAUGCAGGCAUUUCACUGUCAGAGCAGGAAGCAUCUGUGGCAUCCCCUUUUACCUCUAAAACAACCAACAUCCAGUGUGUGCCUCAUCUCAUCAGAGAAGGCCGAGCUGCUCUGGUUUCAUCUUUUGGAGUAUUUAAAUAUUUGACCAUGUAUGGCAUAAUCCAGUUUAUCAGUGCAUUACUGCUCUAUUGGCAACUACAACUCUUUGGAAAUUACCAGUAUCUCAUGCAAGAUAUAGCCAUUACUUUGAUGGUCUGUUUAACAAUGAGUUCAACUCAUGCCUACCCAAAGCUGGCUCCAUAUAGACCAGCAGGACAGCUCCUAUCUCCCCCUUUACUGCUCUCAAUAUUUUUGAAUUCCUGUUUCUCCUGCGUUGUGCAGAUCAGUGCAUUUCUCUAUGUGAAGCAGCAGCCUUGGUAUUGUGAGGUCUACCAGUACAGUGAGUGUUUUCUGGCCAACCAAAGUAAUUUUUCAACAAAUGUGAGUUUGGAAAGAAACUGGACUGGAAAUGCAACUCUGAUUCCUGGUUCAAUUUUAAGUUUUGAGACCACCACACUGUGGCCCAUCACCACCAUCAACUGUAUCACAGUAGCAUUCAUCUUUUCUAAGGGAAAGCCAUUUCGAAAACCCAUCUAUACAAACUAUAUAUUUUCGUUUCUGCUGCUCGCUGCCUUGGGCCUCACAAUUUUCAUUCUGUUUUCUGACUUUCAAGUUAUAUACGGUGGAAUGGAGUUGAUCCCAACCAUAACAUCGUGGAGAGUUUUAAUUUUGGUGGUAGCCCUCACCCAAUUCUGUGUGGCUUUCUUUGUAGAGGAUGCCAUCCUUCAAAAUCAUGAGCUCUGGCUGUUGAUCAAAAGAGAAUUUGGAUUCUACUCUACAAGUCAAUAUAGGACUUGGCAAAAGAAGCUGGCAGAAGACUCAACCUGGCCUCCCAUAAACAGGACAGAUUAUUCAGGUGAUGGCACAAAUGGAUUCUACAUCAACGGGGGCUAUGAAAACCAUGAACAGAUUCCAAAAAGAAAACUCAAAUUGGGAGGCCAACCCACACAACAGCAUUUUUGGGCCAGGUUGUAAUCAGAAUUGUUGUUGUACAUGCGGAACAGCAUUGCUUUUUUCCCCAAAAUUAACACAUUGUGGAGAAGUGAUGAUACUCUCCCCUUACCUUUCCUCUCUCCAUUCAAGCACUCAAAGUAUAUUUUCAAUGAAUUAAACCUUGCAGCAAAGGACCUUAGGCUUAUUCUGACUGCAUGCUUAACCAAUGAGAGAAAAAAAAUGCAUUUCCUGUAUUAUCCUUUUCAAUAAACUAUUCAUUUUUCAGAGCAUUAUUUUGUUUGAAAUGAACAGCUUUCAUGGUACUGUAGUCAAAUAAUUAGUAGUAUGAACAUCAAUAGAAUAAAGAAAAAUUGAGCAACAUUUGGUCUUUGAAAGUUUCACUAUUAGUUGUCACAAGUUUACCUAAAUCUUUGUGAAGAACAUUUACAUGUAUAUCUUUUCCCAAGGUCACAGUUCCUCUUUUUGUUUCACUGGUAUGCUUUUCACAGAGAAACAAGGACCAACACUUACUUCAGAAAUUCAACCCUUUUGGAAAUUCAACCCUAACUAUAAUAAGCCAGAAUUGUGUGGAAGUGGUAGAAUGAAGGAGAUGUUUGUUAAUUCCAUAUAAUCUUGGCAUGGGCACAGUUAAUAUAUAAGCAAAUUCCACCAAAGAUUGGCAUCAUUCAAUGUAUAGUGUUUGUUUGGGGGCCAGUGAACAGCAAAGUUUACAGUAGAUCACAAAGGUAAUGAAAUAAACUGUAAAAACAUACUUUUACUUAAAGAAGCAUAGCAACAUUAUUUACUGCUUGUUACUGACACAUGAAAACUUCAAGCUUUUUUAUUUUUUUUGAGAUGAUGGUGUCUCGCUGUGUCACCCAGGCUGGAGUGCAGUGGCACAAUUUUGGCUCACUGCAACCUCUGCCUCCCAGAUUCAAGCAAUUCCCCUGCCUCAGCCUCCCGAGUAGCUGGGAUAUAGGCACCCGCUACCAUGCCCAGAUAAUUUUUCUAUUAUUUUUAGUAAAGAUGGCGUUUCACCAUGUUGUCCAGGCUGGUCUCAAACUCCUGACCUCAAGUGAUCCACCCGCCUCAGCCUCCCAAAGUGCUGGGAUUACACACGUGAGCCACUGCACCCGGCCUCAAGCUCUAACUUUAAAAGUUGUCCAGAACUCAACAUUACUCAUCUUAAAAACAAUGCUAGAAAAGGGACUCAUAAUAUUUGUAAGUGCAGCAUGACAAUUCUCAGGCUACUAAACAACCUUAAGUUCUAUUUCAUCUUUUAAUUAUCUAAAUCAUCUUAUUAGAUGCAUAUUAAAUACCACAUGAAACGGUGCAUCCUUUACAAAUAUAUUCUGUGCACUAUUACCUUUUAUAUAUCACCCUCACCAUAAACUUGAGAGAAAAUUUAUUUCUAGUGAACAUUUUAAAUUACCUACUAGUCUUUCCUUAUAACGAUAAGUCUAAUUUUGCUAAUUUAACAGAUCAUAGGCAAUUAGUUAACCAGUUCCAUUACAUGAGUGCCAAUUAUGUGCCUAAUACCAUGAUGUACGGAUUCAAUAUAUGACAGCCUUCAGUUUACAAUUCUGAAAUCUUUAGGAAUGAUAAAUGUUUUCAACAUGAAAUUUGCUACUGUAAAACGUAUUAUAAAUGUUACACAAACCACCAGCAUAAAUGCAAAUUCCUGUAAAAACAA